UACUUCAAGUUUAACAUGUCUGAGAAAAGCUUGCAUUUCCGGUCAGCGUGGGUGCUGGCUCCUGCUUGUGAGCAGGUGUUUUUUGGAUUGGGGGGGUACAGACACACCACACAGUAGAGGAUAAUGUCCAAGUCCAGCCCAAAUCCUCAUGACGGUGCAAAGAUGGACUCAGAGCAGAAAAAGCACACCAGCGCUUCAUGCUGUUCUAUGAAAAGUGACUUCUCAAUAGAAGAACCUCCAUUUUUCUGUGAGGAAGAAAGGAAUAUGAUUUCAGCUGAAACAACAUUUCCUGUUAGUGGGCUACAGAAAAAAAACAGUAUACUUCCACCAGUGAUUGAAGACUGGACUAAAGAACAUGUGAAAGACUGGCUGAUAAUUAUGCUCAGAGUACCAGAGUAUAUUGCACAGAGUCUCUAUGACAAAGAGUUUUCUGGGGCUUGCUUAGCCUCCUUUGAAAAAAAAGACUUGUUAGACCUAGGUGUUCCACCUGCUCCAGCAAUACAAAUCAUAAGACAGGUAGAAAAAUUAAGGAAGCCUUCAGAGACAUUUGCAAGAACACCACAGAGUCAUGAUGAAAUGAGAGAGUUUGAACUAUGGAAAAGUACAGAUAUAUCAGGAAACCCUAAUGAAUUUGUGGAAACUGAAACAGUGUCAUCAGAUACAGGAAUUCAAAGUGAAAGCUCUGUAGUGCAGAUUUUGCAGAGCGUAAGGAACACAAUAAGAUCAGUAAUACAUCAAGAUACAACAGCUGAUACAAAUAUGGAAAUUACAGAUAACAAAACAGCUCUACAACUAAGGAAGCCCAUAUGUCAAAUUCGUCCCUUUGACAAAAAACACUGCUCCAUAUUCUACACCGAAAAUGACAUUCUUCCUCCUGCAGCUGGUCCAAGUAAUCUCCUUGACCCCAUCCACGAGUACCAGCUUCUGCACAGUGCAAAUGAAGCCAGUGAAAGAGAGAUCUUAUAUGAAUUCACAACGGAAGUAUUUAGCUUUGCUGCAAGCUGCAUGAAUUCACGAACCAAUGGAACUAUUCAUUUUGGAGUGAGCAACCAACAAGGACAAGUAAUUGGGCACACAAUCACCUCUUUCAGUAAGUAUAAUGAGGUCUUUGAAUCAUUAGUGAGUGAAUAUUUUGAAGAAAAAUAUGUAAAUGCUGCAAAAAUGUGUAUAAGGCCUCCAAAUUUUAUACAAGUUUGCUAUGAAGAUGGAACAACUUCAGACAAAUGGGUGAUUGAGGUUGAUGUAGUUCCAACAUAUACAGAGACUCAGCAAAAUCUUUUUUAUACUCUACUGAAUAUUGCCACAACAGAAAAAAAUCAGCACUGCAAAACUGAAUGCCUCUUUGUCAGGAAUGGCCCAAGGUCAAUCAACAUUUUAGCAGAUACAAACCCCCGUGUGGUUCAAGAGGAACUUAAAAGCUUGACUGAGAAAGUCAAGCACUGGGCAUCAGCACGCAAGUCAGCAGAAGAAAAGGAUGAGCAACACCAACCACAAGGCCACCAGGGAGAAAGGCUAAAGCAGUUGAUAACUCGUGGGAGAGAUUCAUUUGAGAAUUCCCUGCAAGUCAUCGUGGUUACUGAUAAAUGUCAUUCAAACCAACUGGAACAUUUGGAUUUUCUAAGUGAGAUGAAGUUGUUUGCUGUUCUUGAGUUUGACCCAGAAUCAGAUAUAAAUGGAACAUGCAGUUUUUACAGAAGAAAUCACAUAGCGAAUCUACACUACCCACGCAUGUACACGACUCAGGACAGUCUGACUGCAACCAUUACACAUCUGAACUUGUUUAAGCAAACAAGUUGGAUUUUCUGCAAUGGAAAGGUGAAUGAGGAUAGUGAGGCAGACAAGCCUCUCAUGCCCAGUGAAUGGCUUAAGAAACGCUCUGGUGACAUCAACACCACGAUUUCUGUGCUCUGCAACCCAGAUUUGCUUUACAAAGACAGACUCCUGGUGGUAUUCAUUCUUCACUCUGCAGUAACUGAUAUCUCGAGCCCUAUGCUGGAGACAUUCUGUGCUAUCUAUCGCACUCUAGAAGGAGCUGACAAUAUGGUGUGCAUAUGCAAAGACACUUCUGUAUUCAAUCACUGGAAAAGACUGAUUGAGAGUCGGUGUAUGGAAGACAUCACUAGUAAAUGCAUUUAUGAACUAAGUCUGAAUGAAAUAGCCAGUACCAUCAAAAAACUCAAAGAACCUCAAACACAGUCCUCUCAGAGAUAUUUGACAUCCACAGGCUCAAGCUCUGUCCAGCUGUCAAGAAAAGAUGAAGAGCUUUUCACUGCUUUGAACAUCUUAAGUGAAAAUGAAUGUGAAAACACAGAAAUUGAAACAAUGAAUUCUUUUCAGGACUUUAAGAAGAAAACAGAGGAAGAUUUUUACAGAGGAGGACAAGUUACAUGGUGGAACUUUUACCUUUCUGAGAAGACUGGCAGUCUACCAUUCAUCAAACGAGAUAAAUACAAUGAGCUAUAUGACCGGAUCACUCCUGUCCAAGGCUACACAGUUCCAUGUGUAGUAAUAAAUCUAUUCCAUCACCCAGGAUGUGGGGGAACAACUCUAGCAAUGCAUGUCCUUUGGAACUUAAGAAGAAAAUUCAGAUGCGCUGUUGUUAAAAACAACAUGGAAAGUAAUAAGGAAAUUGCAGCUCAAGUCAUGAAUCUGCUCACAUAUGGCAAACAGGAGCAACCAGGUUAUGUGCCUGUUCUUCUCUUGGUGGACAACUGGGAGGAUGUAGAAGACCUAAAACAGUGCAUCCUGAGUGUUGCCAGUAAUAGAAAGCAACAUAACAGUCUCAUGGUAAUUAUACUGAACUGUGAGAGAACCCAGUUUCCUGUUGAGAUGUCCAGAAACAGCCAUUUUGAAAAUGUCUUCAUCACCAACAAGUUGUCUCCUAAAGAGCAGCAUUUGUUUUCUAAAAAACUUGAACAGCUCAAGGUUGACCAUGAGAAACCAGAGACUUUCUAUGCCUUCAUGAUUAUGACAAAUAAUUUCAGUGAGGCUUACAUCACAGAUCUGGUGAGCAACACUGUUAAAGAUCUUGACACUACUACCCAACAGGGUCAGUUGUUUUCCUUCUUGGCAUUGCUGAAUGCCUAUGUCAAUGGAUCCUAUGUGUCCCUGUCCCUGUGUGAAGAAUUAUUAGGCAUAAAGAAUCCCCUGUGGAAGCAAGAAACUCUUCAAGAUAAAAUGAAUCCCUAUUCCACACUGUUGAUAACUUUCACUGUUGAAGAACAUGGAACCUAUCAAGCAGUGCGAUUCUUGCACCAAAUGAUUGCAACUAAGAGUAUUAAAGUUCUUAACCAAAAAUGGUUAUCACUGUCUGAGAUAACAAUCAACAUCUUGCACUGUGACAGAAUUUACAAGUCAUGCAUGGGAAAGGAUUUUCUGGUCCAAAACAUUCAGAGCAUGCUCAUCACACGCCACAGAAAAGAACAAGGAGAUGACAAAGACACAUUGUUUUCUCCUUUGAUUGAAGAAAUAUAUGCUGAGGAAGGACCUGACAAAACCAAAAAAGUCUUAGAAAGAGCCAUAGUGAGGUUUGACAGAAGUGCAACACUGCCACAAGCACUGGCAAGACACUUCUACUUGAAAGAAAAAGACUUUAUAUCAGCCCUAGAUUGGGCUUUGAAUGCACAAAACAAAAAUUCAAAUUCCUACAUUGCUGAUACAGUUGGACAAGUUUACAAGAGCCACCUCAAAAAGAAAAUUAAAGAUCCUCUGAUUCCUGAAGAACUUGAUGAAUGCCUGACAUUAGGUUACAAUGCUGUAAAUGCAUUUCGGGAGUCCCAGGAGCUAGCUAAGGCAGAUGAGCAAGUAGAUCCUUUUGAUCUACGCAGCAGAAAGAGACCGAAGUCCUAUAAUACAUCAGGCUAUGUUGGAGAAACAGAGGUAAUGAUGAUCCUUCUCGACGUCAUUAAAGAUCUCCCUCUUGCUGGUGUCAGUGGCAGAUAUAACAGAGAUAAAAUGCUACAAUUUCUCAGAGGUCAUCUUGAAGUGAAAACUUUAUAUGAUCCCUGCAACACAGCCACAAGUGAAUUUGUGACUGUGCUGACAAAACACAAGAUGUUUCUGAUCUCCUUCAAGCCAAGGCUGAAAGAAAUUUUCAGUUUUUUUGAGACUUAUUUCACAUACCUAAAACCUAGGUCAAAGGAAAGGGAAAUAGCUGAUGAAAGAAAUAAACGAAAAGUAUCUGACUACUUCAGAAAAUACAUGGAAAUCUUCAGUAGUUCAGCUGAGGAGAAAGCAUCUGAAAAGGUCAGAAAUCCUAAUCUGAGUCUCAGUCAGGAGUUACAGGACCAAAAGUACUAUCUGGAAACAAAGCGUGCAGACACAUUUGCUGGACUUUUGCAGUGCUUGACUGACAAGCAUGGUACAGAAAUGGAGCACAUUCUCAAAAAAUGGAAGUUUAUCUAUGAAAAUUCAUUCUCUGUUUCACAUACAGUCAACUUCAUCCUGGCAAACAUAGUUUUGCACAGCAUCAAGCCAUCUUCAAAGUUACUGAAAAAAUAUGAAGAGCUGGUUGAACUUCUGAAUGAGGAACUGCAAAAAGAGGGCACUCAUUCAAAUCUAACAGAGCUGUACUACCUUUCCAUGCUGCUCCUAUGGCCUACAAGAGACAAAAAGCUUGAAAACUUUGCAGCAUACCAAAAUAUCAGCACAUAUGUCACAUCAGUCAAGAAAUCAUUUCAUCGGCGCUUCUCUUACAUGUUUCCAGCAAGAAGUGCUCUAACUCAUUUCUUUCUUGGCAAAUCCAGUGGACUGCAGCGAAUAGUUUCUAAAGUGAAACUUGAUAAAAUUCUAGCCUGUGUUUCAAGACAAGACCUGCACCAACUUUGGCAGAGUGGUGCAGCAUGGAACCAGCCAGAAGUGCAGAGGGAGUUAUUAAGGAUCAAAGGGAAAACAGAAAAUGGUGACAUUUAUGUUAACUAUGGAGCCAAUCUAAAAAUGCUGGUGCGUCCAGUUUAUUUGGGUGAUAUUCGAAGUGGAUACAGCCAAGAGGAAGUAUCAUUUUACCUUGGAUUUACCAUGGAAGGCCCUGUGGCCUAUAAUGUUAAGUAUGUAAAUAACCAGUGAACAUAAAAACAUAAUGUGUUGUUGGAACACGGUUUCUCUGUCUGGCAGCAGAAAUGGAAACAUGGGAACCCAAUAGUGCAUUCUUAGGGAAAAUGUAUAUGUACUAAUAUUUUGCUCAGUACUGGGCUGAUUACCAGCUAAGAGACCUAAGGAGGAGCAUUAAGUAAUGUAGCUGGUAUCAGGUAUAUCAUGUCUUGUUAUUUGUAUCUGCGGUUGCAUAAAAUUUCCUGUGUGCAUGCAUCUUCAUUUGACCAAGUUUGUGAAGAACUGGCCUCUUCUGGCUCUUGAUUUCUAGUCAGUGUUUACCCACUAUUGUUUUGUAGUAUUCAAGGUGAUUGUACAAGGUAUAUUUAAGUGUUAGAUGGCUGCUAUGAUGAAAAAUGUUUCUUUUUUAUUUUAUUAUCAGAAUCUUUGGAAGGAAAAGAGGAAGACCAUAGAGAAAAUUUACAGCAGUAGUGAAGGAGGACAUGUAGAAAGUUGGUAUGACAGAGCAGGAUCCUUAGAGGAUCAUCUGCCUCUUAGCACCCUCCACUGUGGUGACCUCUGAAGGGACCAGAGACAAGUAUCUAUAUAAAUAUUUACUAAACAUGAGACUGAGUUCAUCACUUAAGGUUGCAUGUCAUGUUUCUACUCAGACAAGAUAAAUAUUGGUUUUACCUUCAUUGUUAAAGAUUUUCAAAUUGUUGGAUGUUUAAUGUAAAGUUCAAGCACAUGUAUUCUCAUAGAGAAGUCUAAUUCAUGGAUGUCAAUACAUUUAUCUGUCACAUACAAUAUGAUGUCAAGGUAAAUAUAUCAAAAUUCUGUCAAACUUAUUAUUUAAAGUACACAUGAUAAAACUUGUGUGUGUCAGCGUGCCUGGGCCAUUGACCCUGGAUUGUUGUGUUUCAGGAUGUUUGGGAGGUUCUCACACUUUGUGGGAUUUGGAUUGCCUUUUCCAUCUUGUUUCCUCAGUUUUGUCAUUGUCAAGUUCACAUGUGUAGGUCUGUUAAUUAACUUCCUGUUUUUCCUUUGCAUUGUGAACUUUGUAUUCAGUUUUGCUUCCUCUUGUCUCAGGGUGUUCUGCUCACCUGCUCUCCCCAGCUGUUUCCACUUUCCUCAUUAGGGUUAGGGAUUUUUUUUUAUUUUUUUUUUUAACUCCAAUUGUACUUUGUUUUGCUGUUGUGAAGCACUUUGUGAUUUAUGUCU